AUGUUAAGAGCUAAUGUCAUGAAUGGUCAUUGUCGAGAAACCCUUGAGGUUUACACCCGCAUGAGGCAUCUUGGCGUUUUAGCUGAUGAGUUUAGUUUCCUUUUGGUAGUGAGAGCUUGCGCUAAGAUGGGCAAUCGAUAUUCAUGUGCUUUAGUUCAUUGCCAUGCUUUACUAACAGGAUUCCAAGAUAACCUUCACGUUGCAAAUGAAUUGUUGGCCGGUUAUGGUAGACUUGGUCAAAUGCCUCUUGCACAGCAACUGUUCGACAAAAUGCUUGUCAGAAACCACAUCUCUUGGAACACUACGGUUUCUGGCUUUGCUUUCAACAAUAACUCCAAUGGAGCUCUCGAGAUGUUUUAA